CGUUAGUACUCACAAAAAGGUUAAUGUCUAAAUGUUGUCAUAAUUUUAGUGUAAAUUUUUCAUCCGGCAUUCGCUAGGGUACAUUUUCACGAACGAAAUGAGAAAGUUCCAACUUUGAAAUCAUAUUCGUUUCACUGAAGUUAGAGGUGCAUUGUUGCCACAACUGUCAUCCGCCAAAAACACCCCAAUUUUCAAGGUUAAAUAUGCCCCAGCUGAUGCAUAAAACGUACAAGUUUGAUUUCCAAAGUUUAAAAUAAAGCUCAUGCUUUUUAAUAAUAAAUCCGGUCAAUUCUAUAAUUCAAGCAUUCACAAAUCGCUUUCACAUAGAACUUGAAGCUUUAACCCCAAAUAUUGUUGGUGCAUUUUACGGAUUUUCUAUGUUCGCACAGGGCUACUAGAAAUUUCAGCUAUUUGGACAAUUCAGGCAUUCACUUCUUUAUCAUUUAAUCCCUUUAAAAUUGCAAUGCCACGUAGUAAACGUAGGUCAGCAGCGUCAGACAUGAGCUCCACAGAUGAUGACAGAUAUGCCUCCAAACGUUCGAGGAACUCAAAUAGUUCACGGCGGGUAUCGCGUGUGGACGAUGCCGCUGGUGGCGGUGCUACGCCCCAAACGGUACCAACGUUCAAUCAGAAGCGAUGCGUUGCCUGGUUCCGAGAGUAUACCACCCCUGACGAGCCCGAUACUCUCGGUCCUGAGGGCAUGGAAAAGUUCUGUGAGGAUGUUGGCGUUGAGCCCGAGAACGUCGUUAUGCUGGUGUUGGCGUACAAGAUGCAGGCGCGGCAAAUGGGCUUCUUCACAAGGGACGAGUGGCUGAAAGGUCUGGCCGAAAUGCAAUGCGAUUCGAUACAGAAGCUGCAGCAAAGACUGGACCAACUCCGCUGUUUGCUAAACGACCAGAAUGCGUUUAAGGCUAUCUACCGGUACGCCUACGACUUUGCCAGGGAUAAGGAUCAAAGAAGUAUGGAUAUGGAGACGGCGAAAGCGAUGCUACAGCUGCUACUGGGUAAACAUUGGCCCCUGUAUUCACAGUUCAGUCAGUUCCUCGAUCAGUCAAAGUACAAAGUUAUUAAUAAGGAUCAGUGGUGUAAUAUUUUGGAAUUUUCAAGGACUAUUUAUAAUGAUUUGUCCAAUUAUGAUGUGGAUGGCGCAUGGCCCGUGAUGUUAGAUGAAUUUGUAGAAUGGUUGAAAGCAUCAAGAGCUAAAACUGACAUAAGUUGAGGCAUAUUCCUUCAUAAUCUUUACAAUGUAAAUUAUUAAGUUACUGAAUCUGAAUCAAUUUAAUUGUGAACUGAAGUAAUUUUAAUGGAAGUGUAUCCUAUAAUUGUACUAAUAUUUAAUAUAGAUACUGUAAAUCGUAAUUUUUAGGUACAGUUGCUUUAAACUCUACUUCCAAUAAAAUUAUUUCCUCCAAAAUAUUUUACAAAGUACCAUUAAAUUUUAAUAUUAGAAAUUUCUGUCACAAUGUAACACAGAACUGAUAUAGUUAAUUUAUUAUAUUUUUUAAAGGUUAAAUUUUGAA